GACCCAGUUUUAUGUCAGUAUGUGUUUGUUGGUUGUACAUAGACUUAAAGCUGCUGUUCUGCACCAACACAACAUUUUUUAGAUUGACGUAGAUAUAGAUCUGGUUUCAACAUGGCCCUGGCUCUGCUGUCACAGCACUAGGUGUCAUUUGUUUCUAUGUGUAAACAGACCCUAAGUCUUUAUUUGGUUAAGGGGAUCAAUGGUUACUCAAUUUACUUUUUUCUCGGAAUUACAGAUGAAAAACAGAUAGAGAUCAGGAAAAAACAGACAUUGUACGAACUCAGAAGACUCCCGAUUUGUAGGUUAGCUUUUUAAUAACCGUGUCGAAAAGUUAGCGCUUGGUGAAAUAUCUACUGCAUCACAGAACAAGAUCUGGUGCAGCCUGGUCAUCAGACAGCCGGACGGUGUGUUAGAAUGAAGGCCCUCGGCUCCAGAUGCACCUUCUCCCUGGGCUUCUUGGUGGGGGUCUGCAGCUUCUACUUCUUCCUACACCAGGUUUGGUUUGAGCGGAGCUACCCUGUGCUAACAGAGACUCAGGAAAAAGCCAGGUCUACAGACUGGAAGAAGGACGGAGCUGCUCUGCUGACCCUGCUCCACCCCCACCACUCAGAUGAGGACAGCAGGGCGGCAGACUUGUUGUACAAGAAGGUACGUGUACUCUGCUGGGUGAUGACAGGGCCGUAUAAUCUCCAAAGCAAGGCCCGCCACGUCAAGGCCACCUGGAGUCGCCACUGCAACAUGGUGGUGUUCAUGAGCUCUGUGGAGGACUCAGACUUUCCAACGGUGGGCCUGGGAACCAAAGAGGGCCGCGACCAGCUCUACUGGAAGACCAUCAAAGCCUUCCACUACGUUUAUGAACAUCAUGCGGACGAAGCCGACUGGUUCUUGAAAGCAGAUGACGACACCUUUGUGGUGGUGGACAACCUGCGUUGGGUUUUGUCCAACUACACACCUGAGCAGCCCAUCUACUUUGGGAAACGCUUUAAGCCUUACACCAAGCAAGGCUACAUGAGUGGAGGGGCCGGUUAUGUACUCAGUAAAGAAGCCUUGAAGAGGUUUGUGGAAGGUUUUCGGACCAAAGUUUGCACGCACACCACCCCUGUGGAGGACCUGGCUAUGGGGCAGUGUUUGGAGAAGAUGGGUGUGCUGGCUGGAGACUCCAGGGAUACGUUACAACGAGAAACUUUCCAUCCAUUUGUCCCAGAGCAUCACCUGACCGGAAAGUUCUCCAAAAGCUUCUGGUAUUGGAGCUACUGUUAUUACCCAAUUGUCGAGGGUCCACAGUGCUGCUCAGACUUGGCCGUGUCCUUUCAUUAUGUGGAGGCGGAGCUGAUGUACACCCUGGAGUAUUACACCUACCAUCUGAGGGCGUACGGCUACAGACCGCGCUAUCAGCCCUCCCUACACCUGGAUAUUAACACUGACACUCAUUCACAGUCCACUGACGUUAAAGGAGCUCAAGAGGUGACGGAUGGAAAAACGGCAAGUGUCUCCACGAGUGGGAACGGAACCAAAGUCACGACAGAGUCUCUGACAGACAAACUGAACCCACAGCUGACGGAGAACAGGACUGCAGUCGGUACCUGACAGAUCUGUGUGAAUCAGUGUCAGAAAAACAUCAACAUCUUUGCUCGACAGGAUCCACAGCUGUAGGAUAGCUAC